AUGAAGGACUUCUUCAUGAAAACAGACCAAGAACUGUAUGGAGAAGAUAAAAACAAAAAUAGUUCUGGUUUUGAAAAAGUCGCAAGAACCCCAGAUGACCAGCAAAGAGACAUCAGCUUAAGAUCAAUGGAUGAAGAGAAUAAUAUGUCUCAAAGUGUUUGGUUCUUCAGAAAGUAUCUUCUUACAAGAAGUCAAAAUAACGUGGCUAAAACCAGUAUGGAAACUGAAUUUGAAUCAGAAAUUAUCAAGGGGCAUUCAUCACCCCGCCCCUUAUUACCACCUAAAUUUCUUGGUAGUAAUAAUUUUCCAGGACACCGGCUAUCUUUGCUAGAGCAACAGUUGCUUCCUGGAUUGAGAUGUGAUGAUCAAUCCAACAGGACUUCAGAACAGCUUACAAUAUUUUAUGAUGGGAUUAUCAAUGUCUAUGACAAUAUUCCUGCUGAUAAGGCUCAAGCGAUUAUGCGUCUUGCCAGUGAAAACUCAUCGGUCAAACCUCUUGUUGCAGAAAGGUUAAAAACAGACAGGCAAAAACCACCUCUCAAACCCAAAUCACUAUCAAUUUCCAAAAUAAGAGCAGGACUUCCAAUGGCAAGAAGAUAUUCCUUGCAGUAUUUUCUUGAAAAACGCCGUGGCAGGAACAUCAACAAUUCUCCUUUUGCCCUUCAUUCUAAAAAACAGGAAGACAAUUAUGAGGCAACUGUAAACAACGAGUUGAAUGAAAGCGAUAAACUUUCACUUUUACCAUUCCCUUCACGUUUAGGAUACUUUUAUCCUAGACAUCCUGCCCAAGGCUCAAGCCCAGCUUGUCCAUUGAUAUCGAGCUCGACCCGACCACCUGGACCUGAGCUCAGCUCGGCCAAGAGAACUUGCAAAACAAAAGAGCUAAUGGUGGGUGACACCGGUGUGUUGCCCGCCAAGGACCCUCCGAUGCUUAAGCCAAUCGAGUGUUUGAGAGCAAAUCGCACAAUAGAUUUUGGUACUUAUAAUGACACACCUUUGAGGAAGGGUCUCUUGAUCAACCUUUUAUAUCAUCCUAGACGACCUAGUCCUUCUCAUAAUAGAACUCUAGAACAACCUAACCCUCUUCAAACUAGGACUCCAGAACAACCUAGUCAUCCUCGAACUAUAGGACUCCAUUUAUGUAGGCUAAUGCCAGCCUUACCCACAUCAGAUCGAAGCUCAUGGACCAAUGGGCUUACAAGCCUACCUGAGCUAAGGUGGAGAAAAUGCAUAGCGAUCAGGCUCAAGCCCAGCUCGUCCAUUGAUAUCGAAAUCAACUCGACCACCUGGACUAGAGCUCAGCUUAGUCAUUUGUACUUUAGCUCAGCUCGACCAAGAGAAAUCCAUGAGAUGUGCUUAUGGCAUUUAUCGGGUGAGCUUGUCAUUGUUCCAUUGUCAGUAGCGAGAAAUUCCCCCGAAUGCAAGGCAAUUGUCGAAAUACGGAGCUGUCCAUAG